UCUCUGAUAUCCGAAACCUCCUAAGAUCUCCCGGAGAAUAAGAACAAAAACAAAAAGAAUGAUGCGAGCUAAGCAAAUGCCAUCGUCUUCCACGAGAUCCAAAUCCAAAAUCCUCCUCCUCUUCUUCACCCUCUCUCUCCUCGCUCUCUGUUUCCUCUUCUUCUUCUCCACUCCCUCUGAUCCCACCGCCUCCUCCUCCGUAUAUACUCACCCGCACCCCCUUAUCCCACCCGAAACCUCUUUCGAGGCUUCCCUCGAAGACUUCCUCACUCACAAGGCUCCCAGUUACCGCACUUCCGACGAUACUGUGCGUUCCGCGCUCCAAGAUGUCGUCACGAGCUUCGACGACCGGAAGUUCUUCAAGGAAAUGGAGUGGGUGCACCGAGAUCCGUACUACCCGCUGAAUUUCCCGAUUAGGGUUUACGUUUACGAGAUGCCCAAGAAGUUCACCUUCGAUUUACUUUGGUUGUUUCGGAAUACUUAUCGAGAAACGUCUAAUCUAACCUCCAACGGAAGCCCUGUUCACCGUUUGAUCGAACAGCAUUCUGUUGAUUAUUGGUUAUGGGCGGAUUUGAUUGCGCCGGAUUCCGAAAGGCUUUUGAAAAAUGUUGUGAGAGUUGAUAAGCAGGAGGAGGCAGAUUUGUUUUACGUGCCAUUCUUCACCACAAUUAGCUUUUUCUUGUUGGAGAAGCAACAAUGCAAGGCGUUAUAUAGGGAAGCCUUGAAAUGGGUGACAGAUCAGCCUGCUUGGAAACGAUCUGAAGGAAGGGAUCACAUAUUUCCCAUUCAUCAUCCAUGGUCCUUUAAGUCGGUUCGCAGAUAUGUAAAAAAUGCAAUUUGGCUUUUACCAGAUAUGGAUUCUACAGGGAAUUGGUACAAGCCAGGGCAAGUUUCACUGGAGAAGGACCUCAUUCUCCCAUAUGUUCCUAAUGUUGAUUUAUGUGAUGCAAAAUGUGUAUCAGAAAGUGAAUCAAAGAGAACCACACUGCUUUUCUUCCGUGGACGACUUAAAAGAAAUGCUGGAGGAAAAAUACGCUCUAAACUUGUAACAGAAUUAGCAGGUGCAAAGGAUAUAGUGAUAGAGGAAGGAACAGCUGGGGAGCAAGGGAAAGCUGCUGCUCAAAAGGGGAUGCGCAUGUCUAUAUUUUGUUUAUGUCCAGCUGGUGACACUCCUUCCUCUGCUAGAUUGUUUGAUGCUAUUGUCAGCGGGUGUAUCCCUGUUAUUAUUAGUGAUGAAUUGGAACUUCCUUUUGAAGGAAUACUAGAUUAUAGAAAGAUAGCUAUAUUUGUUUCUUCAACUGAUGCUGUGCAACCAGGUUGGCUGCUAACAUAUUUAAAAGGCAUUAGCUCUACUCAGAUCACAGAACUGAGGAGGAACCUUGUGGAGUUCUCAAGGUAUUUUGUGUACUCUAGUCCAGCUCAACCCUUGGGUCCAGAAGAUCUGGUUUGGAGAAUGAUGGGUGGUAAGUUGGUGAACAUCAAGCUUCAUACUCGGAGAUCGCAGCGCGUGGUUAAAGAAUCAAGAAGCGUGUGCACCUGUGAUUGCAGGAGUCGCAACGUUACCACUUCCAUUACUUUGUCGCAUCAGUCUCUUCCAGUUUGAAGGUGAUGUGUACAUUCUUUAUGACAUGCUGUUCAUCCCUUCCAAGAACAUUUUGUUUCAUAAUUUGAUUUGUCAAAGCCUUG